UAUGAACAUACUCCGUAGAAAAUAUCAACCGACACAUAUUUAUGGAAGGAAAUGUGAACAUAUUUAUGGUUCAUUGACUUAUAUUAUCUCCGUCGAUCUAAAUACCGGCAACGCGCAAACGCCAUAGUUUAAAAGCGCCAGAUCCCCGAGACAACAAUUGCCGGCGGCGAGAGCUACAGAGAUGACGUUGAAAUUGUAUGUGGAUCGCGCAUCCCAGCCUUCUCGUGCUAUUCUCAUUUUCUGCAAGAUGAACGGGAUAGCGUUUGAGGAGAUUCAAAUACAGCUUGCAAAAGGCCAGCAUCGUACUCCUGAAUACCAAGAAAUUAAUCCUAUGAAGCAAGUGCCUGCUAUAGUAGAUGGAGAUUUCCAACUGUUUGAGAGCCACGCAAUUCUCAAAUAUCUAGCUUCAGUCAAUCGUGUUGCAGAUCAUUGGUAUCCUGCUGAACUACACAAAAGAGCAAAGACUGACUCGGUGUUAGACUGGCACCACUCUAACUUACGCCGUGGCGCAGUUGGUUAUCUUUUGAAUACUACGCUUGCACCUGUGUUUGGUCUUCCUUUGAACCCGCAAGCAGCAGCUGAAGGAGAGAAAAUCCUAUUGGCAUCCCUUGAUAAGAUUGAGUCAGUUUGGCUCCAGGAAAAUGGAAGUUUUCUACUGGGAAAUACCCAACCUUCCAUUGCAGAUCUUAGCUUAGUUUGUGAAAUAAUGCAACUUGAGCUUUUGGAGGACAAGGAUAGAGAAAGAAUAAUUAACCCUUAUAAGAAAGUUCUGACAUGGAUUGAUGAGACGAAGAAAGCAACUCAACCUCAUUUUCAUGAAGUUCACACCCAUCUCUUUAAGGUGAAAGAGAUGUUUAAGCAGCAAAUAGCUGCAGCAAAUCUUUAAAGCAGCAACCUCCCUAAAGCUUGGCAUUGACAAAUUUUUAUUUUGUUUUGCUUUACUGCUAAAUAACUUGAUAAAAAGUCAAUCGUGUUUUGGUGGUACUUAGAUUGCCUACUUGAACAAUGUUGUGGGGUAUGAUCUUCCUUAUCAAUAAAAGCUGUUUUAUUUUAUAAGUAUCAGGUGAUUAAAGUACCCCCUUCC